GACUUAAGUUUCACUUACCAUAACUGAACCUUGAUGCAUCCAUUUCUAUUUCUUCUGCUUCAUUCUUUUUGGUAUUCUUUUAUUUUUUCCCUCCUGGGGGUUGAGGGUAGAAAAAGGUUCUUGGAGAAAUUUCUGGUUAUUAGGGCCUUGUUUCCUCCUGAUAGAAAUCCCUUCUAUGCUGGUUUUGGAAACAGAGACACUGAUGAGUUUAGCUACCUUAAGGUUGGAAUCCCUAGAGGAAAAAUAUUUAUCAUAAAUCCAAAGGGUGAGAUUGUUGUAAACCGGGGAACUCAUACCAAAUCAUAUACGUCUCUUUGUGACCUUGUGCAUGGCAUGUUUCCUUCCAUGUCAUCAUCUGAGCAGGAGGACUUUAAUCAAUGGAAUUACUGGAAACUUCCGCUUCCUCUCAUUGAUGUUUGAAGAUUGAGCAGUUUGAAAUUGAGACGUGCAGGCAGGCUGGAUCUUAGUUAUCUGGAAGUGUUAAGGGCACUGGUGAAAGGAAGACCCUCCUCAAAUACGGUUAGCUAUCUUAUCUAACAUGGGACGAAUCGUAGUAUCUACAAUGUGCAGGGACAGCUUCAUAUUUGUUCUGCUGGCCCACAAGGUUCAGCCUUAUAUUUCAUAUAUAUUUCUUUGCAUUCACUUUUGUGAUGCUCUGGUGGCUGGUAUACUGAAUCGUGGGCAUAGAUUUGGAUAUAUUACCACAAGCAAGACAGAUUAGCUAUAACUGAUAUUUUGUCCUAUUAUGGCUAGAUCUGAUAUCCUUGUUCAAACUGCAAUCUACAGUGGUGUUCCAUGGGAGAACCUAUCAAUUCCACAAAAUCCUGCUUCAAUUCUGAUUAUUUAUAGAUUGUAAACUGGAUCACAAAGGAACAUAAAUACUGCAAACAGUAUUGUUAUAGAUAUGGAAACAUUGUCAUAUUGUUUUCCACUAUAUAUAUUCUCUUUUUUCGUUGUUCUAGAUAUUAUUUCCUUAGUAGUUUGGUGGUUACUUCUAUAAUUGUACAGGCUCCCAUAGCAAUAACAUAUUUUGGUUCGGGCAUUUGCUCAUUAGUGUACAAAUUUUCCUUUUUGUAAUCAGUUGUAACCUUAUAACUAGGUUGUUUUUUUCUAUGUAACAGCCAAAAAUAAUCUUACAAAUUUC